CUCGUUCGCCGUUCGGCGUCUUCACCGGCGGCGCGCGCCGCACUGCGUACCCACCGGCUGUCGCGUUCUCGCGGAUCGAACUCGAGGAAAAGGCAUCGGCGGCGGAUCGGGGCAAAUGGCGAAGAUCGCGCCCGGGUGCGAACCGGUGGCGGGGACGCUGACCCCGUCGAAGAAGAGGGAGUACAGGGUCACCAACAGGCUCCAGGAGGGGAAGCGUCCCCUCUACGCCGUCGUCUUCAACUUCAUCGACUCCCGCUACUUCAACGUCUUCGCCACCGUCGGCGGCAACCGGGUUACUGUUUAUCAGUGUCUCGAAGGGGGAGUAAUAGCUGUGUUGCAGUCAUACAUUGAUGAAGAUAAGGACGAGUCGUUUUACACGGUCAGCUGGGCGUGCAAUAUCGAUAGAACCCCGUUUGUGGUGGCGGGAGGAAUCAAUGGUAUCAUCCGUGUAAUUGAUGCUGGCAAUGAGAAGAUACACAGGAGUUUUGUAGGCCAUGGGGAUUCAAUAAAUGAAAUCAGGACUCAACCAUUGAACCCAUCCCUCAUCGUGUCUGCUAGCAAAGAUGAAUCCGUUAGGCUCUGGAACGUUCAUACGGGAAUUUGUAUCCUGAUAUUUGCUGGAGCUGGGGGUCAUCGCAAUGAAGUUUUGAGUGUGGACUUCCAUCCUUCCGACAAGUACCGUAUUGCAAGUUGUGGUAUGGACAAUACGGUUAAAAUCUGGUCAAUGAAAGAGUUCUGGACAUAUGUGGAGAAGUCAUUUACAUGGACAGAUCUUCCAUCGAAGUUUCCCACCAAAUACGUGCAGUUUCCAGUUUUCAUAGCUCCAGUUCAUUCAAACUAUGUUGACUGCAACAGGUGGCUUGGUGAUUUUGUUCUGUCAAAGAGUGUUGACAACGAGAUUGUGCUUUGGGAACCCAAAAUGAAGGAACAAUCUCCGGGAGAGGGGUCGGUGGAUAUCCUUCAGAAAUAUCCAGUUCCAGAGUGUGACAUUUGGUUCAUCAAAUUUUCCUGUGACUUUCAUUAUCACUCAAUUGCUAUAGGAAAUAGGGAAGGGAAGAUCUACGUAUGGGAGCUGCAGAGUAGCCCUCCUGUUCUAAUUGCAAAGUUGUCUCAUCCCCAAUCAAAAUCCCCAAUCAGACAGACUGCCAUGUCAUUUGAUGGGAGCACAAUCCUGAGCUGCUGUGAGGAUGGUACUAUAUGGCGCUGGGAUGCAAUUACGGCAUCAACAUCCUAAGCCUUCCAUGGCAGAUGGACUGGAGAACUCCGUUAGUAAUUAUGAAUCCCUCUUGUGUGGGCAUGUUCCCCACCAUGUAUCAGCUGAAUGGGAGCUGCUUCAACCUCUUAUCUCGAUGGAUACUCGAAUAGCAUCACCGCACAGAUGCAAGCGGACAACUGCUUUUUCGUAACGAAGAAAGCAAGUGGAUGAUUUGGUUGUGCAUCAGUCUGAACGAUUUAUGAAGUUACUUUUUGGUGUCAAAUGUACUCUCCGUGAAUCAUUUCACUUCGCAAACUGGGAUUUGUACCCUAGAAACAUCCAGUUUAAUCUACCUUAACUUCCCAGA